UCCUCAGGCACGCGAUCAGACGAGCGCUGAGAGAUCGAUACUCGUGCUAGCCUGACGCCUCAAGAGCGGACACUCCAAGUUCUGCGACCAAACGCAACUAGUCGUCGCCAGCUCCGAAGCGACUUGACACCGUCCGAACGCGAGAGGGACUCGCCCAGCCGAGCUGGCAGUGGACCAGAUGGGUGAAGCCACCCACCAUCCUGGAGACCCCCUGGCAGGAGCGGGUGCCCUCUGGGAGGCCCUCAGGGCCCUCCUGCCAGACACUAAAGAAGAACUGAAGCUGGACCUCAGCGAGAAAGUGGAGAGGAGUGUGGUGAUGUUGCUGCAGCAGGCCACCGAGCUCUUCUACGAGGGCAGCAGGGACGAGUGUCUGCAGACGAGCGAGGCGAUCCUGGACUACUCCUGGGAGAAGCUCAACACGGGGCCAUGGCAGGACGUGGACAAAGACUGGCGACGGGUCUACGCCUUCGGCUGCCUUCUCAAAGCCCUUUGUCUCUGCCGGGUGCCUGGGGAUGCCGCCACCGUGGCUGCAGCCCUGAGGGUCUGUGACAUGGGCUUGCUGAUGGGGGCGGCCAUCCUUGGGGACAUCCUCCUUAAAGUCGCUGCCAUCCUCCAGACACACCGCUCUGGAAAAAGGCCUGCCCACAGCUCAACCCAGGAGCAGCCCAGCACGAAGAAAGCAAAGAAUGACCCCGGUUCGAUCCCAGAUCUGAAGUUAGAAAGAGCAGUGCCCCGGCUUCGCUGUCCGUCCCUCGAGCAUUUCCGGAAACACUUUUUGGUCCCACAGAGGCCUGUGAUCCUGGAAGGUGUGGCUGACCACUGGCCGUGCAUGAAGAAGUGGAGUUUGGAGUAUAUCCAAGAGGUCGCUGGCUGCCGCACCGUCCCGGUGGAAGUGGGUUCCAGGUACACAGACGAGGAGUGGUCCCAGACGCUCAUGACCGUCAGCGAGUUCAUCAGCAAGUACAUCGUGAACGAGCCAAAGGACAUCGGCUACCUUGCUCAGCAUCAGCUCUUUGACCAGAUCCCGGAGUUGAGGCAGGACAUCAGCAUCCCCGACUACUGCUGCCUGGGCGACGGGGAGGAGGAAGAGAUCACCAUUAAUGCCUGGUUUGGUCCCCAAGGCACCGUCUCCCCACUCCAUCAGGAUCCACAGCAGAACUUCCUGGCCCAGGUGCUAGGGAGGAAAUAUGUCCGGCUGUACUCGCCGCAGGAGUCAGAGGCUUUGUAUCCUCACGAUACACACCUGCUUGAUAACACGAGCCAGGUCGACGUGGAGAACCCCGACGUAGAGAAGUUCCCCAAGUUUACCGAGGCCCCGUUCCAGUCCUGCGUCCUGUCCCCGGGAGAGAUCCUGUUUAUCCCAGUUAAAUACUGGCACUACGUGCGGGCUCUGGACCUGAGUUUCUCCGUCAGCUUUUGGUGGUCAUAGCCAGGGUGAGGGCUGAAAGGACCCAAGAGGCAAACAGCCGUCACCAAUUCAGUCGUCCCCUGCUCUGCCCAAUUUGGGCAGAAGUCUCGAAGUCUAGGCACAAGCACAACUGAACCUGUGCCCUGAGGAAGCCGUCCCUGCCCAGGGGGCUGGGCUGCGUCACGGGGCAGGCGCAGAGCGUGCAGAGCCCCGGAAGGACGUCCCGGGCACAUGAGGCUGCAGCGUCGGAAGGCCUAACAGGUCUAGCAGGCGGGCGGUCCGUGCAGGGAUGCGACACAGGCUCUGGCGCGAGCUGCUGCCCUUAAACCCAGCCUCGCUGCUUAACUGCUGUAUGAUUUGGCCAAGACACCUCACUCCACUGUGCCCGUGUCUCCAUCUGGAAAGGAGGGCUCAGGAGGUGGCGCGUGUGCGGCAGCAGCGCCCUGCUGCUGCGGGAACCUUAGCUGCUGUUGCUAAUCCCGUUACUGACCCUCACAUCCUUCCUCACCGUGACUGAGCCUAUGGGACGCUGCAGCCCACAGACACUGGAGGGAGGGGCCACAGCAGGGGGAGGGGAGAGUCCUCACUGGCAUGCUCAGGAGCUCCCCGCCGCCACCGCUGGGUGGUGGCACCCUCAUGUCAUCUCAUUACUGACAGUUAACCUGCCUGCAGAGGCACAUGUAGGUCUCUGGCUAGAUGAAUUUUCCACUGUGCACACACCCAGUAGCGGGUUCCCCAGUGAAGAAACAGGACCAUCGCCAGCACCUAGAACCCCCCUCAUCCCCUUCUAGAUGCUGUCCCCCAGGAGUAACUACUCUUUGGGGGAGGCUUAGGCCAGGGAGAGACCCGGGCUUGGGCAUCUGUAAACUUGGUUGUAAACAAAACACACUGGUUUGUUUUGUUUAUGUUUUGGCUAUUAAGACUUUCGCCAGCCCUUUGCCUAAAGCCAGGCAUGUCCGCCACAGCGGGAAGCCCCUCCCCACUGGAUGGGAGAACCACAGAUCAGACAUUUCUACAGUGUUCUCUGGAGUUCCACAACAUCCAUCACACCAAGUGACCGUGAGGUGAAGAGUAAUUCCUUCCAAACCAAGCACAAAAGAAGACAUUUAGAACCUAAUGAAGCUAAAUAUAUAUAUAUAUUAUGACUGGCUAAUGCUCAAAGAUACACAAAUUGAAACAAAGAUACCUACCAAAUUGGCCAGAAUCUUUCCAGCUCUCACACCCAGCGUAGCAGAGGGUGGGAUGUCCUGCUGGUGCAAGUUCAGCCCGGCUGGAGUUUUGUAAAAACCCAGAACCUUGAACAUUCGUGCAUACCUUGGGGUCUCGUGACCCCACUGCUGGAAACCCGUCCUAAGGAGAUAGCAGGAAGACGGGCAAGGAUGCACGUGCAGGAUGUCAUCGUGGCACCAUCUGUAAUAACAAGAAACUGGAGACAUCCUGAAUCGUGCUGGUAAGAAACGGCCCAUCAGUGCGAAGGAAUAUUAUUUUGCUUUGAAUACUUCGAAGUCUUAAAGUCAUGAAGAAAUGCUGUGUCAUGUUGAGUAAAACUACAUUCAGAUGCUACCUGCAUGUGUGUGUGCCAUGUACACACAUGACCACACGGGUGUAUAUAUGUGUGUGUCCCAAAGAAAAUGCUCCAAAUAAAUUGUGGGUAUG